AUGAGUAUGAGGUACGUGAAUGGUGUCUUGAUUUAUCCGAAAGCUGAGGAUAGUUUGUCAUCCCCUACACACGAGGAGCUGAGCGAAGUCGUCACUUUGCACCAAUUAGAAAAUAUAGGACUAGAUGGUGAUGCAGUUCAAGAGCAGGCUCUUCUCGUGAUGGCAAGGGUUUUAGGCUAUGGACACUUGGACACACUGAGGAUUAUAAGGCGAACAGGGCUUGAUUACGCAACUCGCCUUGAUUUUAAACGAUGCAUCAACUUGACUGUUCACGCCAUCGAUAUGCAAAGAAAUCAUUUAAACCCACUAGAUCAUAAUCGACUGUUUCACUUCAAGUCAUUUAUUAUAUUUUUUAAACAAAUGACAAACACUAAGGACGCCCGUGGAAAUAUUUAUAAGCCUAAGGAAUAUUUUGAGGAAUUUUUGCUUGCAUUUGAAAAAUGUAUCGAGGAAACAGAGCUCAUUAUUUGUGAAUUAAACUGUACCGGCGUCUACAGAGAGAGGAGUCACGUAUGCCACCUUGACCAGUUCAUCCAUAUAGUCUUGCAUUUAUUAGUGCCGUUUGUAAGAUUACAGCCCGACAUCACUGACCAUCAGUGCCACACAUUUAAACGGGCGCUGCAUAAAAUAGUUAAGAUGGAGCCUAGAGGUUACAUGGGCGCGGCCCUUCUUCAUUACUCUUGCUCAGAAUACUUUAAAGACAUUGACAAUUUUAUACAGCCGGUGUCUGCCAGCAACAGGGCAGAAGUCGUAGACCUUCUGUUGGAGACUGGCGCUGAUCCUAGUGUCACUGGUCGUGAUGGUAACACGGCCCUUCACGAACUCGCCAAGAAUAAAGAGUGUCCCAAAGGUGUGGUAGAUGCCCUCUUGUCGGGCGGGGUUCACCUAGACGCAAUGAAUAGUCAGGGGCAAACUUUUGCAUCUUUGAGAGCUUCCCGAGGGCAGCCUGUCUCUCAACUGGUGAAUGUUGUUCGUCACACCUCUUUGCAAUGCCUGGCUGCAGCGAGCAUUCGGAGACAUGGGAUUCCUUACAAGGAUGUCUUGCCUUCCAGACUUGUGAAGUUUGUAGACAUGCACUGA